AUGGCGGUUAGUCAGUCGGUGGUUGGCCGCAACAAUGCGGAGAAGCCUCAUGGUCUUGCGGGUAUGCUGAAGAACCCAUAUGUCUUCGCAACCUGUCUGUUUGCCUCGCUGGGUUGUAUCAUGUACGGUUAUGAUCAGGGUGUUAUGAGUCCCGUCCUGGUGAUGGAGAACUUCGAGAACCACUUUCCCCUGUUCAUGGGAUCGACCAUUCAGGGUUGGCUCGUCGCUGCGCUGGAGCUGGGUGCCUGGGCUGGUGCUUUGAUCAACGGUGUGUUGGCGGACCGUAUCUCCCGAAAGUAUGCCAUGAUGGUCGCUGUCAUCAUCUUCACACUCGGCACGGGCCUGCAGGCUGGUGCUCAGAAACCUGCAUACUUCUUCGCCGGCCGUAUCGUCGGUGGUAUCGGCAUUGGUAUGUUCAGUAUGGUUAUUCCCCUCUACCAGGCUGAGAUUGCGCCCCCGGAGCUGCGUGGCUCGCUGGUCUCGCUGCAGCAGCUGUCUAUUACCAUUGGUACCGCCGUUGCUUUCUGGCUCGAUUAUGGUAUGCAGUAUGUCGGCGGCACUACUUGCAACCCGGAAGGUAUCGCCAACCCUUACCUGGCGGAUGGCACCUACAAUGCGGCACAGAACCAUGGCCACACUUGCCUGGGCCAGAAGACUAUCGCCUGGCGUCUGCCCUUGGCCCUGCAGAUUAUCCCAGCGUGGAUCCUGUUCUUCGGCAUGUUCUUCUUCCCCUUCUCCCCCCUGCGUCGCCUGGAACCCACCGAUCCUCUGCUGCAGGCCGAGCUUCUCGAGAUUAAGGCGGCUGUGAUGUUCGACGAGGAGACUGAGCGUGAGGCGGUUGGUACCGGUGGCCCCUUGGCGCCCUGGAAGGCACUCUUUGCCCCCAACAUGUUCAAGCGUCUUAUGGUGGGAUGCUGCACCAUGGUUUUCCAGCAGUUCACCGGUAUCAAUGCUGUGCUUUAUUACGCGCCCCAGAUUUUCAGCAGCUUCGGCUUCAAGUCCACCAAGCAAAGUCUUCUGGCUACUGGUGUGACCGGUAUCCUGCAGAUCAUCUUCACCCUGCCUGCAGUCCUCUACCUCGACAAAUUUGGCCGUAAGACCUUCCUGAUUGUUGGAGCUGUUGGCAUGUUCCUGUGCCACAUCGUCGUGGCCAUUGUCGAGGGUCUCUUCAAGCCCAAGUGGGACCUGAACGAGGGUCUAGACGUGGCUCAGGGCUGGGUUGCCAUCGCCUUCAUCUGGCUGUUUGCCGUUAACUUCGCCUACUCUUGGGGUCCUGUCGCAUGGGUGCUCACCCAAGAAAUCUUCCCCAACAGCCAGCGUUCCCGCGGUGUCUCCAUCGUCGCCUCCACCAACUGGAUGUUCAACUUCGUCAUCGGCCUGACCACCAAGGAUAUGCUCAAUAGCAUGAAGUACGGUACCUACAUUUUCUUCGCCAUCUUCAGUGCUCUAGGUGGUCUGUUCAUCUGGAAGUUCGCGCCCGAGACCAAGGACAAGACUCUGGAGGAGCUGGAUAUCUUCUUCGGCGGAGGCAUAGACAGCAUUGCUGAGGCCGAUCGUCUGCGCAUGCAGAGAAUCAACGAGAGCCUCGGACUUGCUGGUGUCGAGACUAUCGAGGACCUGAAGACCGAGAAGGAGCGCAUCGCUGCGGAGCAGUUCGAAGUUGAGAAUACCUCCAACUAA